AUGGCGCUGGCCAGGCCUGGGGCCCAGGACCCCAGACGUGUGGCCUCUCUCCUGCUGCUACUGCUGCUACUCUGGGUCCCUGCCCUUACCCUCCUGACUGGCACGGUACCCCCAGAGAUGCAGAGCGCCUGCGCCUCAGAUCCCUGUGGCCCAGAAGCCAGAUGCCAGGCUACAGAGAGCGGCGGCUACACCUGUGGGCCCCCAGAGCCCCAGGGCUGUGCCAGCCAGCCCUGUCACCAUGGUGCUCUCUGUGUGCCCCAGGGCCCAGAUCCCCACGGCUUCCGCUGCUACUGCGUGCCUGGGUUCCAGGGCCCACAGUGCGAGCUGGACAUUGACGAGUGUGCGUCCCGGCCGUGCCACCAUGGGGCCACCUGCCGCAACCUUGCCGAUCGCUAUGAGUGUCAAUGCCCCCUGGGCUAUGCAGGUGUGACCUGCGAGGCCGAGGUGGACGAGUGCGCUUCGGCACCCUGCCUGCACGGGGGCUCCUGCUUGGAUGGCGUGGGCUCCUACCGCUGCGUGUGCGUGCCGGGCUACGGCGGCGCCCAGUGCCAGCUGGACCUCGACGAGUGCCAGAGCCAGCCGUGCGCACACGGAGGUGUAUGCUACGACCUGGUAAACGGGUUCCGCUGCGACUGCGCGGGCACAGGCUACGAGGGCACACGCUGCGAACAGGAGGUGCUGGAGUGCGCAUCUGCGCCCUGCGCGCACAACGCGUCCUGCCUUGAGGGCCUCGGGAACUUUCGCUGCCUCUGCUGGCCAGGCUACAGCGGCGAGCGGUGCGAAGUGGAUGAGGACGAGUGCGCAGCGCGCCCCUGCCGGCAUGGCGGCCAGUGCCUCCAGCGCUCCGAUCCUGCGCUCUACGGGGGCGUCCAGGCCACUUUUCCCGGGGACUUCAGCUUCCGCCACGCUGCAGGCUUCCUGUGUCGCUGCCCUCCGGGCUUUGAGGGUGCAGACUGCAGCGUGGAUGUGGAUGAGUGCGCCUCAGGGCCCUGCCAGCACGGAGGCCACUGCCAGGACCUGCCCAACGGCUUCCAGUGCCACUGCCUGGAUGGCUUCACAGGCCUCACAUGUCAGGAGGAGGUGGACGAGUGCCUGUCGGAACCCUGCCUGCAUGGUGGAAGCUGCCGGGACACCGUGGCGGGCUACGUCUGCUGGUGCCCUGAGGCCUGGGGUGGCCUGGACUGCUCUGUGCCACUCACAGGUUGCCAGAGCCACACCUGCCCGCCGGCUGCCACCUGCAUCCCCAUCUUUGAGUCUGGGGUUCACAGUUUUGUCUGCCACUGCCCCCCUGGGACCCACGGACCCCUAUGUGGCCAGAACACCACCUUCUCUGUGGCAGCUGGGAGCCCCGCAUGGAUUUUGGUGCCAGUGGGCAAUGACCGCAUGAGGCUGGCACUGCGGUUUCGCACCACACUACCGGCUGGAAUCUUGGCUAAUCGCAUCCAGGACACCCAGGACAGCCUGGAGCUGGCCCUGGUGGCAGCAACACUGCAGGCCACACUCCAGAGCCAUGGCACCAUUGUGCUGGUUUUGAGACUGCCGGAUCUGGCCCUGAACGAUGGACAUUGGCACCGGGUGGAGGCGGUGCUGGGCCCAGGGAGCCUGGAGCUGCGGCUCUGGCACGAGGGUUGCCCUGGCCGGCUCUGCAUAGUCUCCGGCCCUGUAACGCCGUCCCUGACCACAUUCACAGGACCCAGCUCAACUCAGCUGGGCGGCGGGGAGUUUGUGGGCUGUUUCCAGGACGUGCAGGUGGACGAGCGCCUCCUGCUGCCUGAGGCCUUUGGGGAGGCCGCACUGCCGGGCUGCGAGCGCCAGGAACAGUGCCAGCCCCUGUCCUGUGCCCACGGAGGGUCCUGCGUGGACCUGUGGACUCGCUUCCACUGCGACUGCCCCCGGCCUUACAGCGGCCCCACAUGCGAGGACGAAGCCGUAGCUGCCACCUUUGGCUUGGCGGGCAUCGUGAGCUCCGCUUCCUUCCUGCUCCGCGAACCCCCUGGCCCCAACCUCACAGUGUCCUUCCUCCUGCGCACCCGGAAGCCCACCGGCUUGCUGCUCCAGUUUGUCAAUGGCUCAGCCGCCGCCAGCCUGACGAUCUUCCUGAGCCAGGGACAGGUCCGGGCCCAAGUGCCUGGCAAUCCUCCCAUGGUGCUGCCUAGGCGCUGGGACGAUGGGCUCCGCCGCCUGGUGACACUCAGCUUCGGGCCUGAGCAGCUUCAGGGCCUCGGGCAGCAGGUGUACGUGGGCGGGAAGUCUGGGCCAGCCACCGACAUGGGGGCCUGGGGAGGGCCCUUCCAAGGCUGCCUCCAGGACCUACGAUUCAACGGCCUGCACCUGCCCUUCUUCCCUCCGCCAUGGGAGAAUUCAAGUCAGCUGGCUCACGAGCUGGACGGCUGGCACUCUGAAAACCUCACUGAGGGCUGCGUCUCGGAGGACACAUGCAAUCCCAACCCCUGUUUGAAUGGUGGGACUUGCCUUGUCACCUGGAAUGACUUCCACUGUACCUGUCCUGACAACUUCACAGGGCCCACCUGUGCCCAGCAGCUCUGGUGCCCUGGCCAGCCCUGCCUCUCACCUGCCACCUGUGAGGAGGUCCCUGAUGGCUUUGUCUGUGUAGCCGAGACCACGUUCCGCGAGGGGCCCCCGGCAGAGUUCAGCGGGAGCAAUGUGUCCUCGGGACGCGCGCUCAGUGGCCUCUCGUUGGCCUUCCGCACGCGGGACGCCGAGGCGGGGCUGCUGCGGGCAUCUGCCGGUGCCCACGCCGCCGUCUGGCUGGAGGUGCGCAACGGCUCGCUGGCGGCUGGCGUGCGCAGCGGCCACGGCCUGCCCGGCGCCCUACUGCCUGCGCCCGGGCCGCGCGUGGCCGACGGCGCCUGGCACCGAGUGCGCCUGGCCAUGGAGAGCCCGGAGGCCACCGCCACCACCGCCACCACCGCCUCUCGAUGGCUGCUUUGGUGGGACGGCUCGGCGACGCCUGUGGUGCUGCACGGCCUCGCCGGCGACUUGGGCUUCUUGCAGGGCCCCGGCGCCGCGCGCCUACUGCUGGCCGAGAACUUUACUGGCUGCUUGGGCCGCGUGGCCGUCGGCAGCCUCCCGUUGCCCCUGGCGCGGCCGCGUCCCGGCGUGAUCCCCGGCCCUCGGGAGCAUUUUGCAGCUUGGCCCGGGGCGCCGGUCCCAAGCCUAGGCUGCCGCAGCGCGCCCGUGUGCGAGCCCUCGCCCUGCCUGCACGGCGGCGCCUGCCGAGACCUCUUCGACGCCUUCGCCUGCGCCUGUGGCCCGGGCUGGGAGGGCCGGCGCUGCGAGGCCCGUGCCGACCCCUGUCGAUCAGCGCCCUGCGCCCGGGGCCGCUGUCAUGCACGCCCUGACGGCCUCUUUGAGUGUCGCUGCCCGCCGGGAUUCGCGGGCCCACGUUGCAGGGUGCCAGCCCCGGAUGACGGGUGCAGCCUCAACGCCACCUGUCUCAAUGGCAGCUGCCCGGGCGACUCUGCUGGCCCCAGGUGCCGGGUCCCUGUGUUCCCCUGCGAUGCCAACCCCUGCCUGAAUGGGGGCACGUGCCAGGCGGCUGGUGGGCGGCCUGAAUGCGUGUGCGGUGCCAGGUUCUCGGGCCAGUUCUGUGAAGUGGUGAAGGGCCUGCCGCUGCCGCUGCCGUUCCCGCUGCUGGAGGUGGUGGUGCCUGCGGCCUGUGUCUGCCUCCUCCUCCUCCUCCUGGGCCUCCUCUCGGGGAUCCUGGCGGCCAGAAAGCGGCGCCAGUCAGAGGGCACCUACAGCCCGAGCCAGCAGGAGGUGGCCGGGGCCCGGCUGGAGAUGGACAGUGUCCUCAAGGUGCCGCCCGAGGAGAGACUGAUCUAGCA